AUGUUGCAAGCCUCUAUUUUGUUGCUCACUCCAUCCUUCUCAAGGCUAGUUAUGCUAUUCCAACUCCAACCUCAGGAACUUGUUACUGGGCUAGGUAUAUUUUGCUGUAUGCCAACCACCUUAUCUAGUGGUGUUGCCCUCACUCACCUUGCUGGGGGAAACUCUGCUCUUGCUCUGGCGGUCACUGUGGCAUCCAACUUGUUAGGCAUUUUAACUAUUCCAUUUUGGGUAUCAAGAUACAUAGCCGGAGGAGUAGGGGUCUCGUUUCCAACUGACCAACUAUUCAGAAGUCUUAUAGUUACUCUGUUAAUCCCUUUGAUCAUUGGCAAGGUUAUUUGGGAAACAUUCAAAGGUUUCGCAAACUUUGUUGACAAUAACCGUAAACUGUUUUCGAGAAUGAACGCAAUCUGCCUCAGUUUGGUGCCAUGGAUCCAAGUUAGCAGGCCAAGAUCACUGCUACUAUCCGUGAGCCUAAGGUUUUUCUUAACCUUUAUGUCUUGUAACAGUUUGCUGCAUCUUUCUCUACUAGCAUUCAAUGCUCUUUCAAUCCGCAUCCUCUCAGGUCUUUCAGGUGAUUAUAAUAGUAAGAACUCCAAAGGAAAUGGCACAGCAGUUUUGCUCGUUGCAAGCCAGAAAACAUUACCGGUAAUGGUGGCGGUGGUGGAGCAGUUGCGUGGCGCAUUUGGUGAACCAGGGCUUUUGGUUCUUCCUUGUGUAGCUGCACACUUAAACCAGAUCAUGAUUGAUUCAAUUCUUGUCAACGUAUGGCUCCGGAAGAGUAAUAAUGCAUCUUCCACUGGUGUAAAGACAGCUUAAGAAAGGAUGAGAUAGAAGCUAUGAAACCAAUGUUGUUGAAGAUCAUGGAAGAGUUUUGUUUCAGACUGAGUCCUAUUGUUUUGCAGAUUCAUUUGUAUAAAUUUUCUGAAACGUUGUAAAAUUUAUUUGUAUUGACUAAUCAAAACCGUUUGUGAUUAAAAAUGUUAAUUGUACAAAGCAA